CAGCCAGGCGCACUGCACUCGUGGCGCCCGCUUUCCGGGCAGAGGACAGGUCGUGAGCUCCAGAAACCCCGGGUUUCUCCGAAAGUUUCUAGUGAAAUCCAUUUUCCCGGUGACCGGCUUUUCGGUGGCGGUUUGUGUUUCCCUUCCCCUGGCAAGAAACGAUCUUGCCAGGCUAGCGCACCGGGCUCCCUGCUCAGCUGUCUCCUCCCCACGCGCCCUCUCUGCGCGGUGCUGGCCAGAGCCGGGCUCCGUCCCCCGCUGCCCCCCGCCCGCGCCCGGGUCCCCGAGCUUUGCCGGCUGCGGGGAGUUGCUCCCUCGGUUCUCCCGCGCGCUCCGGCUCCCGGUGCACCGACCAUGGAGUAGGCGGGCGGUCCCGUCCAGCGCUCCUGCAGCCGGUGAGGCCGGAGCCAGCCCGGGUGGCCUCGCCAGCCAGCCGGCAGCCUUGGCCAGCGGCGGGGCCUCCUCCCGCCGGUCCGUCCCUGCUCCUCCUCCUCCUCCUCGGCCGCCCCCGCCUCCCGGCCGCCCCCGCCGCCCCCGCCGCGCCGCCGCCCGAGGCCGAUCGCGGACGCCGAGCGUGGGAGCCAUGGCGCGCGAGAAGAGGGACCCUGAGCGCCGGGAGGCAGCGGCGCGGGCCCGAAGCGAGGAGGAGGAGGAGGAGGAGGAGGAGGAGGAGGAGGAAGAGGAGGAGGAGGAGGAGGGAGAGGAGGGACUGAGCGAUAGCGACGACGAGGACCGAGACCAGCAGACCGGCGGCGGCGAGGCAGAGGCACGGGAGGCUGCAGCGGCUGCGGGGCGGGAGCGCGGCGAGAACGCGCGGCUGCAGAGCGCAGGGCUGCCUCCCGCAGCCGCCGUCCCCGCCGCUGCCGCCCGCGACCGGAGCGGCCGCCGCCCGCCGGGGCCCCCGCCGGGGCCGCUGCCCUGCCUCCCGAGGAUGCCCGAGGAGGAGGACCGCGAGCGGCGCCGGAGUCGCCGGAGGGACCUUCUGCUGAGCCAGCUCUGCUUCCUGGCCUUGGUGGCGCUGGUGCUCUGGUCGCUGUCAAGCUUGCAGGAGCAUAAUGACCUUGACUUCAUGGAUCUCAUAGGGGAAGACCGACAGUGGACGUUGGGGAGGAAGUUAAUGCAGGUGAAUGACACUUUGACUUCAGAAGACACAGACCUUCGGAGCAGCAAGAACUGCACUGAACCAGUUCAAGAUGUACUCAUUGAGGAGAGCUGUGCCCUUUUCCAACAGUAUCCUGGGAGGCCACACUUUCAUUCUAGCAAUAUUGCUGUCUUCCCAGACAUCUUCUGCACUCUUCAUUGUCAGGCCAUGUACAUGUUCUACGCACUGGCCAUUGUGUGUGAUGACUUCUUCGUCCCUUCCUUGGAAAAGAUCUGUGAGCGCCUGCACCUCAGUGAAGAUGUGGCUGGCGCCACGUUCAUGGCGGCGGGCAGUUCGGCCCCAGAGCUGUUCACAUCUGUCAUAGGUGUCUUCAUCACCAAGGGCGAUGUGGGAGUUGGGACCAUCGUGGGCUCGGCAGUGUUCAACAUCCUGUGCAUCAUCGGAGUCUGUGGGCUCUUCGCUGGUCAGGUGGUGGCUCUGUCCUCCUGGUGCCUGCUGAGGGAUUCCGUUUACUACACGCUGUCUGUGGUCGCACUCAUUGUGUUCAUUUACGAUGAACAAGUUUCCUGGUGGGAGUCUUUAGUCCUCGUGCUGAUGUAUUUUAUCUACAUUAUCAUCAUGAAAUAUAACGCUUGCAUACAUCAGUGCUUUGACAGGAGGACGAAAAGUGCUGGGAACAUGGUCAAUGGCUUGGCCAGCAAUGCUGAAAUCGAUGACAGCAGCAACUGCGACGCAACUGUGGUGCUACUCAAGAAAGCCAAUUUCCACCGCAAAGCAUCAGUGAUCAUGGUGGAUGAGCUGUUGUCUGCCUACCCACACCAGCUGUCUUUCUCUGAGGCUGGACUUCGAAUCAUGAUCACCAGCCACUUUCCCCCCAAGACCAGACUCUCCAUGGCCAGCCGCAUGUUGAUCAAUGAGAGACAAAGACUGAUAAACAGCAGGGCUUACACCAAUGGAGAAUCUGAGGUGGCCAUCAAAAUCCCCAUCAAACACACCGUGGAGAAUGGGACAGGGCCCAGCAGUGCCCCAGACAGGGGCGUGAAUGGAACUCGGAGGGAUGAUGUUGUUGCCGAGGCUGGGAAUGAGACAGAGAAUGAGAACGAGGACAACGAGAACAACGAGAAUGACGAAGAGGAAGAGGAGGAUGAGGAGGAUGACGAAGGACCGUACACUCCAUUCGACCCUCCCUCCGGCAAACUGGAGACAGUGAAAUGGGUGUUCACCUGGCCACUGAGUUUUGUCUUAUACUUCACGGUACCCAACUGCAACAAGCCCCGGUGGGAGAAGUGGUUUAUGGUGACAUUUGCUUCCUCCACGCUGUGGAUCGCAGCCUUCUCCUACAUGAUGGUGUGGAUGGUCACAAUCAUCGGUUACACACUGGGGAUUCCUGACGUCAUCAUGGGCAUCACCUUCCUGGCAGCCGGAACCAGUGUGCCUGACUGCAUGGCCAGCCUCAUCGUGGCCAGACAAGGCAUGGGAGACAUGGCCGUGUCCAACUCCAUCGGGAGCAACGUGUUUGACAUCCUCAUUGGCCUCGGUCUCCCCUGGGCCCUGCAGACUCUGGCUGUGGAUUAUGGAUCCUACAUUCGGCUGAACAGCAGGGGACUGAUCUACUCCGUGGGCUUGCUCCUGGCCUCCGUCUUUGUCACAGUGUUUGGCGUUCACCUGAACAAGUGGCAGCUGGACAAGAAGCUGGGCUGUGGAUGCCUCUUCCUGUACGGCGUGUUCCUGUGCUUCUCCAUCAUGACAGAGUUCAACGUGUUCACCUUCGUGAACUUGCCCAUGUGCGGGGAACACUGAUCUGCCGGGCCGCCCACCGAGGCUCCGUUCCUUCUCUUCUGUGCAAUACAAGACCCGGCCGCACCACCCGAGUCACACGGGCCCCCAGGGCCGGGCUUCCGUCUCUCCCUUGCUGUUCACAGGCCUCCGCUCCUGCCUCAGUGGCCCAGGCGCCCUCUGCCCCCUCCCUCGCCCCUCCUCCUCCUGGGGUCCUACCUGCCACCCAGCCUUUCUUGCCCACCCCUUUUUGCCUCCUCAGUGUGAAGACUUUUCAAUAUCCAUGUGAAUUUUCAAGCUCCAUUUUUGACAGUGACUGAGAUUCUAGAAAAACUGGCUGCUAACUGGCCCAAGCCAGGCAAAUCUUAUUACAAUCCCUCCUCCUUUUUUUUUUUUUUUAAGUUAUUGGAUGGAAGACUAACCUAAUUUAUGGCCCGAGACUGUCAAAGAGAUAGCAAGGAGAGGGUACAUUGGUUAUGGGAUUUUGUUAUAUUUUCAGGUGGUUCCUAGGUUCUGGGUUUGGGGGAUUGUUUCUCUUCGGAGGGGCUCUCCCUUCUGCCCCUUUUCUUCCAGAGAUCGGGCGAGAGCUUCUCUUGCAUCCUCUGUCCCUGGGCUCUGGAUUAGUACAGAAGCCACAGGUUUGUCCCCGCUGUGUCUUGGGGUCAAAUCCCAAGCAUGCUAGAGCAGGUGUGGCCUAGUGCCUAUUAGAAUGAACCAUUGAGCCAGGCCACCGGGAAAGACGCAUGACAUUUCAUGCCCAAGGAUGCCCCCACGGGCCCAUAGGCAUUCCCUGGGGAGCACAGGGUUUUCUGAGGAAGAAGGCAGCUUCCUACCUGUCCAUCAUGACCUUCCCUUUCUCACUAGGUUCUCUCUAGUCUUUUAAGCAAUAGUUCUAGCCUGCCUCAGGCCUUUGGAGAGGGUCCCUGGUUGAACAUCUAUCCAUGAGGUACCAGGCAGUCAGCAGCAGAAGCUUCCCAAAACCUGUGAGUCCCUGAGAUGCGUUGUCAUUGCUUGGCAUUCUGGAGUGACAGCGAGUGACCCAGAGGCCACCCACUGCUUUUUGUGCAGGAAUUACAGACACUGGUUUCUUGGAGGAUGGAGAGAAGCGCACUUUGCACAGACAUCGUCAAUCAAGCCCCGAUUUGCCACUUGGUACUGAGUACACUGGACCCUGCAAGCUGGCUCUUGGGCAGCGUCCUUCCUCCAGGACACCGUGGCCAAGCUGCCCGGCUCCACCCGUCCCCUCCUGGAAGGGAUGGCAAGGGAAGGAGAAAACAGAACUGACAUCUUUGAAGCCACAGAAUGUGCUAAAUGCAGACAAGCUCCAGGGCAUAAGUUAUUGUGAACAUUGUUGCCAAUCACUGCUCAACAGCCCUGCUAGGUUUCCGUAUGAUGCUGAAUUAUUACGCAGACUAAUUCCACCAGUUGAGACCCACCCAUGCUUGUUACACCUGUAUUUAUUGAAACUGUGGACUCUUGCCCGUGCUUCCUCCUAUAUUUAUGUUAAGCACUGAUCACUUAUAAUCCAUUCGGUAUGGUUUUCUCUGUUCCUUGUACUACACAUUCUGGUCUGAAUUGUAAAAAUAACCUGCAACAAAUUGGUUGAACGUCUCUUGUCGAGGGUGCGAAAGGAGGUGAGCCUUAGCCAAUGGGGCACCUGCCUGAUGGAGGCCCGGGAGAGGAGAUCACCAAUUUGGGCUCUCAGAGCUAAGACACACUUCAUGAUUCUGUUGCACACUUUGCACUGGUUUAUGGCAAUUGUUUUCUUGGACAGAUAGUGUAAAAUAAACUUCUCUGUUCUGUA